AUGAAAGAAAAUGUAAUUCAACAUGUAAAAUCUUUUGCACCCAUAGAAAGUCAUUAUACGCGCAAAGACUCAAAUAAACAGUACUUAGACUGUGAAUUGACCUUCAAGAAGAUGUACGAACUGUAUAUUAUAUGGUGUAAAGAUCUGAAUAUAACUGAAAAUAUAGCUACUUCUGUAAGACAGUACAAAGAUAUUAUUAAUAAGGAAUUAAAUAUAGCUUUUUAUAUACCUAAAAAAGACCAAUGUGACCUAUGCCACGCAAUGAAAAAUAACACCACGCCUACCAAUGAUGAUAAACUGAAGCAUAAGGCACACAUGGAAAAUAAAAAUCUCGCCAGGACUUUUAAAAACGCCGAUAAAAUUGAAGCUCAAUCGAAUCCUUCUGAUAUUUGCACAGCGAUGUUUGAUUUCCAAAAAAUAAAUAACACUCCACACGCUGAAAUUAGUGUACUGUAUUACAAGAGGAAAUUAUCAGUAUAUAAUUUUACAGUAUUUGAUGCUGCGUUAAAGGAAGCUACAUGUUACAUGUGGGAUGAGACAAUUGCUAGACGUGGCGCCAAUGAAGUGGCUAGUUGUUUGUUUUCUUUUGUCAACGACAAGGUUAAGGAUGGCGUGAAAGAUUUUAGAUUCUGGUCAGACAACUGUGCUGGUCAGAAUCGCAAUCGCAUUGUUUUUUUUAUGUACUUGUAUGUAAGCAAUACAUUUAAGGUAGAUGUGUGCCAUAGAUUCUUGGAAAAAGGCCAUACUCAGAACGAGGCAGAUAGCGUUCACGCAUUAAUUGAGCGAACAGCCAAAAACAAAAUUAUUUACACGCCAGAUGAAUGGUACACACUGGUUCGCUGGGCAAAACAGAAUAGCCCACCUUAUAGAGUCAUAGAAGUGAAUCAAGACUUAGUGUUGGAUUUCAAAGCUUGGCUACAUACUAAAAACUGGAUCAAAGAUACAAAUUCAGACAAAAUUUCUUGGAAUAAGAUAAGAGAAGUAAAGGUACAAGGGAAUAAUCCAGACGUUAUUGAAUUUAAGUACAACUUUUUUGAAGAAAAUUACAGAAUACUGAACUGUGGUAAUAAUUUGAAAUUGACAAGAGGAAGGAAAAAGAAAGAACAAGAAUUAAUAUUUGAGAAGUUAUACAAAAAUCCUAUCCCUAUCACUGAUGUGAAAUAUAAAGACCUGAUUAGUUUAUGCGAUACACUGAUUAUUCCAAAUAAAUAUCAUGACUUCUAUAGAAACCUUAAGCAUAGCACUGAAGCACAAGAUACUGAUAAUGAAGGUUGUUAA